AUGGAUGCUGCUGAAGUUAAAUCAGGGGAUUACCCACCAAGACUUUACCCUGAAAGGUCUUCUAACCUAGAUGGUAAAGUUAUUAAUCACAAUUUCCAUCCAGGGCAUUUCCCCCACGUUAGAGAAACAAUAAGACUUGAUGUGUGGGAAGAACUGGUGAACUCUCCCAUUGGAGUAGUUGCUAGGCUAGCUAAACGCGAAAGCAUGUGGUCUGGUAGGACCGUGCACUAUCUACUGUGUAGACAGCUGCGAGUUAUAAACAAGGAGAUAUGGUGUCUCAUGGCUGAUGAGGCUAUAAGGUUUAGCUUGCUCGAGUUUGGUAAGAUCACUAAGCUAAACACAGAUGGAGGUUCAUACACAAUAAGCGGCAUGAAGGACGCGUUAUUGUUUUGGGCUUAUGAAUCCGUCACAUGCUUCGGUGAGAGUUUUGGGAGAGUGAGCAAUAACGAAGACGUUCCGCUUUUGCGAUGGGGUGGAAAGCGUACACGUGCAAGCUUUGAUAAAUUGUUGUCUGCCGAAAUCAAAAAGCAUGGCAAAGUGCGUGUGAGGAGAAUGGUUUUGAAGGACUCAAUUGAAGAGAUGUUUCCUAUUUGGCCGGGUGAAGAUGAUGACCCACAACUCGUUAGGUUGAUAACAAACAUACAUUCAGGUAGAUUUGUGAAAGGUUUGUGGGAAGUGCAGGGGAAUGCAAAGGGGAAGGGGAAUGCAAAGGGGAAGGGGAAUGAGAAGAAGAGAAUGAAGGGUGGAGUUUCGUCAGAAGCUGAGCCACCCACUAAGAAGCAGAAGAAAGUUAAGACACAGAAUGAGUCUGAAGCUGAUGCAGCGGGAAAGGGUUCUAGCGAGAAGGAAGGCAGCAAAGAGUUGGAGUUGGAGAACAAAGCGACUCUAACGACCAUUGUGAGUACUCUGGAUAUUAUUUCCAGAAAAUUUGAUCAGGUUGACUCACGGUUGGAAGCUUACGAGUUAGACCGGAACAGACCAUUGAUGGACCAAAAGACCAUUGAUGACAGGGUGAAUGCUUUACUGGAGGAGCGUCUAAAAGAUCUGGGGAUUGGGAAAAUUCUCGAAAACCAUGAUAACCCCUCUCCACAAUUAUCAGAUAACUCUUUAUCGAUGGCAUCACCGGUGGUUCGAACGCAUCAGAAGUCUGUUAAUAGUCCAGCGUUAGUAGCUGCGACUACUGGUAAGGAGUUUGGACCGAAAAAGAAUUUGGCCAAAGAGCUUGAAAAGGAAUCAGGGGUGAAAAGGACUUUGGAUGAGGAGUUUGGUAGUGUCGAUAAAGCUACUGAUAUGCGGCCUCUUGAUUUCGUAGUAGUUUCUCCUGCAAAGGCUACUAAGGAUGAUAAGGCCACUAAGGAUGAUAAGGCUGCUAAGGAUCCAGCCUAUGGACGCGGCUAUAGGCGCAAGCGUAUUGUUAAGGGUGAGGAAGCCGAUGAAAAGAAAAAAGCAGCGCAGGCAGAUGUUGCGUUUAAGAGGAAGGAGAAGGCUGAGGCUAAGAAAAAAGCUAAGAAACAAGAGGCUGAGCUAAAGAAGCAAAAACAGGCUGGGUCAAAGUACAAAAAGGUGACUCCGCCGCGUGACGGUGUAACAAGAUGCAAGGUACAACCUGAUGUAGAGGACAGUUCAUUGGCUGAUAUAACUGACGAAGUUGUUGCAGAACAGAACGAAUUCGCGCCGGAGUCUGAUGUCGAGAAUUCUGAAGUGGUUAGAUCUGCUAUAAUUAAGGACUACCGGGAGAAAAAUGUUCGGUUAACUCCAAAAGGGUUGUCAAUGACGGCAGUUUCUUCAUCAUUAGUUUUUCCGAAUGUAGGACAUGAUGGAACGAUGUGCAUGAGGAAGAAUGUUACUCCUUCAUCAGCAAUAUAUGACCCUCUAGCACCUGUUGAUCCGGCGCUAUUGGAGAAACUUAUGCAGCACAUCAAGGCAAUUCACCCAAACCACCAGCAGCGCCCGUUCAAGAUGAAACCCACAAUGUUCAUGUUCAAAGGCAAUGGUUAUGAAGAUAUGAUAAAUGGUAGGAUUCCCGAUCAUUGUCAAACAAACUUGAAGUGGUAUGAAGAUGUGGAUCACUUGUACGGAUGUCUUCAAACCGGCAGAAAUCACUGGGUUGCGUAUCACGUGGAUCUGAAGAAGGAGAAGAUUGAUUGCUACGAUCCAAUCUUUGGAGAGGUAACACUCGAAAGUGAGCAGAGAAUUCUGAAUUCAUUUAAACCGCUGACGCACAUGAUUCCCGCUAUGUUGAGUGCACAUAUUCCUACCAAUAUCCGACCCAUUAGCAGGAAGAAGUUCUCAUUCAGAAGGAGAAGCAAAAGAUACACUCCACAAAACACCCAGGUUGGCGAUUGUGGGGUGUAUUCGUUGAAGUUUGUGGAGUGUCUAGCGCUUGGUGUAACGUUUGAUGGGAUAAACGAUCAAAAUAUUCAAGGUUUACGGAUGAAGAUGGCAGCAAAUAUCCUCGCUGAAGAAGGAAAUGUUGUGACGGACCAAAUGAUGGCUAAUUGA